GAAUUCCCAGCCAAUCGCCUUUCGAAGAGGCGGAGCUGCUCCGCAAGGUCGAAUCAGUGGCUCCAGUGCUUUCCUCGCCACCAGCCAAUGAGAGGAAAUGGAACGCCUCUUGGGGGCGUGGCUGUGGGCCGCGGCGCGUCCGUUGCCAAGGCGACCGGUGGAAGGAGGCGCUCGAGGCGGGCAGGGAUCUCCCGGGGCUCAUGGCCCACCGGCGCCUGGCGGAGGCGCUGCAGGUCUCGCGGGACUUGGUGGUGAGCGGGUGCGGCAAGGACGGGGUGUGGCCAGCCGAAGGGGACUCCUGCUGCCCCAGCAGCCUGGCCUGCCUGCGGCAAGUGCCCCUUGGCAAGGAUGCACAUGGAAUCUACAGCCUCUGCUUUGCCCCGGGUGGUGGGCAGCUGGCAGUCGGCUUUGGCAACGGCUCUGUGCAGCUGGUGGAUGCUGCCAGGGGCUUGCCCGGCCCCUCCUUGUUCCCGGGGCACCGCACACGGCAAGCGGUCACUGCCCUGAAGUUCCAUCGGGCGAAGCCGGGCCUGUUGCUGGCUGCCGGGGCAGAUGGCACCAUCUCCACCUACGACCUGAUCUCAUACUACCCUCUGGCUUCCUGGACAGAGACGGAGAACGAGAUCAAUGCCAUGGACUUCUGCCGGGACGGAAGCUCCUUUGCCACAGCAGGCAAAGAUCGCCACAUCCGACUCUACGACAGCCACACCAACCAGCUCUUUCACAUCAUGCGUGCCCCAGAUUUCAUGGCCGGGGAUGAGUUCACACCCCUCAGCGGACACUCGCGGCGGAUCUUCGCCUUGCGCUUCCACCCCACAGAGCUGCAUCUCUUUCUGACGGGUGGCUGGGAUAAUUCUGUCAAGGUGUGGGACAAGCGGGUGUCCAAAGGUGCAAGGAGUGUGAUCAAUGGGCCUCACAUCUGUGGCCCCGGGAUUGAUGUGAAGGGAGACCAGGUCCUGACUGGCUCGUGGGUGCCCCGCCAUGCCCUCCAGCUCUGGGACCUGCGCCUCUCUCGCCUGUGGCAAACCCUGCCCUUCCCCUGCAGCCCCACACAGGGCGAGUUCCUCUACUCAGCCCAGUUUUGCAUGGGGGACGUGGUGCUGGCUGGCGGCAGCGGGACCAGUGGGGCGAGCGCCAUCCACACGGGCACAGGCCAGGUGGUCGGGGAGAUUCUGCUGCCCAACAAGCCCGUCCAUGUGGUGGCCUCUGCCCCCGGAGGCCAGGCUGUGGCUGUGGCUGGGGCAGGGGGCAACCUUCACUUGGCAGAGCUGCACUGAGCCCUGGAAGGAAGAGGCAGAGCAUCCUGUAGAUGCCCAGCCCUGGAGUUCAGGGGCAGGGAAGCCGUCAGCCCCACACUGGCCACGCCCAGGGCGGCAGAGCCAAGCUGCUGCCUCUUGCCACGGGGCGAUUUGGAUGGGUAGGGGUGCCACCCCUUUCCCCUCCCUGCCCUGCCCAGGCCCCCUGCCCUCUCUGCCUCAGUUUCCCUUGUUUGUUCUGCCUGAGGAGGGGGCUCCGCCUGGACCAGGGAGUGCCUGGAGCAGAGGCUCUUCCCUCCUUUGGAUCUGUGCAAUAAAAGCUUCUUGCAUCUGGAGAAGUGGCUUGCAGGGUCUGCUUCAAGGGUGGGUCGAGUGGACGGGACCCACAGCAAGGCUGGAGCAGGAGUGGGGGUGAGGUGCUUGCCUUAGCUGACAGGGAGGGGUUGGCCAGCCAGCCACAGGUUGGCUUAACUUUUUGAGGACCCCGAAGCGCACGUGGCGAAGUGUGUACGGCAGAAUCCUGGCAAGACGUGAUCCCCCCAAUCCUGCUCAGAGCCACCACCAAUUCAUUUGUUGUAGAGCCAGCUGCUUUGACCAGCGCCUGGAAGCAGCUGCUGCCUCUGCACUUCUGAGUUCACAAGGCUUUGUUUUGUGGCGCAUGAAAAAACUGAGUCUGCCAUCUUUCUGCGGUGGCCCAGCAGCCCUCCUCACCACCCUCCUCUGGGAUGGCAGACGGGGCUCCAUGAGACCCCCUAGCCCAGGAGAGAGAGCCACAUGGCGCUGCCUCCCAGGUCAGAGGUGUCUGGGGGGCCUGUGCAGGCAGGGGCGGCUCCCGUCAGGCAGUGGGGUGCUGGGCGAAAAGCGCCUGCCAGCAUCUAGUUAGUGGCUAAAAUGUUUCUCUGCUUUCCAAGUCUCUUUGGAGUGGGGGGGGCAGGGGUCCCUCUCCCACCAACCGCAAAGCUCCCUGGAUAUGUCCUCUUGGCACCACCUUUUGGGGGGUGCUCCCCUCAACCCAGAAGGCAAACACCUCUGCAAAGGGAUUUGGAUGGGUGUUCAUUUCCUGGGCUUUUGGGGUGGGGGUUGUCCCCAGUUGGGCAUUCCAGCAAAGAGGGGAUGCCCCUUUUCCUGCUUCCAACAGGAGGGAGGCAGUUGGAGCUCCCCUGGCCCAGCUUAUUUUGACACUUCCUCGCUGUUGGAGCCACUGAAGCAUUAUGGGGUGGUGGCUCUGCUGUCAGAAGCAGGGUCUGGGACUCCCAAGGCAGGAGGUGAGCUGCUGGGAAGGGGCUUGGGGUCUUUGAGUGCCAGUUAGGAAGGAGGGGGUCCCUUGGUACUGCUGUGGUGCUUUCUGGGUGUCCCUCAGGCAGGGUCUCCAGCAAAUGGUUCUGGGGAAGCAGUCCUGGCCAGGCUCACCUGCCUUGGGGUGGAGAAAUGGCCGCUGCCCAGCCAGAUUCGUGCAUAUGGAUUUAUUUUUAACAUUUGGAUCCUGCCUUGCAGUCCCAGGGAACCCUCAACCCAACUCACAGAGUAACGUCAAGCUCAGGUCCUGCCAGGCCACCAAACCGUCCCUUGCCCAAU